UGAUUUCAUAAAACAGAGUUGAUUUGUUCAUAAUUAAUUUUGUUUUCGUGUUGUUAUCUUCAUGUGUUUUGCAUUUAAGAACUAAAGUUUUACGAUUCAAAAUUAUUAUUUUUUUUUUUUUUUUGUUUUUGAUUCUACUGAUGUCGGAAUAACAUACUUCCUUGCGUAAACUAAUAACAUGGCAGAAGGCACAACGGGAACAACACAAGACCAAGGACGUGGCCAUGAAGAUUACUAUUUGAUAGCUGACCAAGAUCAAAAUAAUGCGAACAAAGAAAGCGCAAAACGUUAUUCAAGGUGCAGCAGCGCGGGCAGCAUUCACACACCAAACUCUUCACCCCAUCACACAGAUGAUGAUGAUGAUAGCGGCGAUAAUAGUAUUGGACGUGCAGGUGCAACGGUUACCACUGCUUUAAGUUAUAAGGAACGGCGUCGAGAAGCCCAUACGCAGGCCGAACAAAAGCGUCGCGAUGCUAUUAAAAAGGGUUAUGAUAAUUUGCAAGAAUUGGUACCCAAUUGCCAACAAAAUGACACUUCGGGUUACAAAUUAAGUAAGCAACUUAUAUUGCAAAAAUCGAUAGACUAUAUUGGGUAUCUAAAUCAGCAAAAGAAGAAGCAAGAAGAGGAAUUUGCAUCUCUUCAAAAGGAGGUAAUUGCCUUACGUAUUAUACAAAAUAGUUACGAACAUAUGUUGCAACAUCAAAAAGCUAAUCCCGGACCUGAAGAAGCUCGCCUUACCGAUGAUGCAAAAUUUCAAGUGUUUCAAGCUUUGAUGGAUGAAAUGUUUAUAACCUUUCAACAUAUUCCAAUGGACAAUUUUAAACAACUUAUUGCCGGUGUUAUCCCUUGGUUGGAAGAGCAUUGCAAACCACACAUAUUAAGAAAUAUAUUAAGUUACACGCUUCAACAGAUGCAAGCUUCUCAGAAUCGAAAGCAGAAAUCCCCACAAGAAACAUCUGAUAUGGACGAGCAAGCCGCCCUUACUUUUAGUUAAUUUUCUGUGAUUUUAUUAUUUUUACUUAAGCCAUUUAUAGUUUUAUCUUUUUUUUUUCUUAACG